UCUAAAAGACGCCUCGCCAGCGCCAACUGCCUCCAUUUUUGAUCACCUUCUCUCUCUCUCUCUCUAUCCUCCUUAUGUCUCUGACUCUGUCUUCCCUUCGACUCUGAGAAGCUCCGUCCUCUCUACGAUUCUCCGGAGAUGGGAACUGCAUGGAGGCAGCUCAAGGCCAUGCUCCGCAAGAACUGGCUCCUCAAGAUUCGCCACCCUUUCAUCACCUCUGCAGAGAUUUUACUUCCGGCUGUUGUGAUGUUGUUACUGAUUGCCGUGAGGACGCAAGUUGGUAACAGAGUUCAUCCUCCGCAACCGCAUAUACAGAAAGGAAUGUUUGUAGAAAUUGGCAAAGGCAUGUCCCCAAAUUUCCAGGAAGUUCUGGAAUCUCUACAGAAAGAUGGAGAAUAUUUGGCUGUUGCACCAGAUACAGUCGAGACGAAAACCAUGAUACGUUUGAUGUCGAUAAAAUUUCCUCUUUUAAAGGUAGUUACUAGAGUCUACAAAGAUGAAGAAGAGCUGGAAACCUACAUUCGUUCUGAUCUAUAUGGAAUCUGCAAUGUAGUUAGGAACUUGAACUGUUCAUAUCCCAAAAUUAAAGGAGCCGUGGUAUUCCAUGAGCAAGGUCCCAAGUUAUUUGAUUAUAGCAUUCGUCUCAACCAUACUUGGGCUUUCUCAGGAUUUCCUGAUGUUAGAUCCAUCAUGGACACAAAUGGUCCUUAUCUCAAUGACUUGGAACUGGGUGUAACUAAUAUACCAACUAUGCAGUAUAGCUUCAGUGGAUUUUUAACACUCCAGCAAGUAGUGGAUUCAUUCAUAAUAUUUGCUUCCCAGGAAAUGAAAACCAAUACCCUCCAUGUAAGUAUAGAAAAUACUUCAUCAAACUCAUCUAGUAGACCUUCUUUGCCGAACUUGCCACGGACACAAUUUAGCCCUUCAAAAAUACGAAUUUCUCCUUUUCCAACUCGGGAAUAUGUUGAUGAUGAAUUCCAGUCUAUUGUCAAGAAAGUGAUGGGUGUGUUGUAUCUUUUGGGAUUUCUUUACCCAAUUUCUCGCCUUAUCAGCUAUUAUGCAUUUGAAAAGGAAGAGAAGAUCAAAGAAGGCCUCUACAUGAUGGGCCUGAAAGACGGGAUAUUCCAUAUCUCUUGGUUUAUUUCAUAUGCUGUGCAGUUUGCAAUAUCUGCUGGAAUUAUCACUUUCUGCACGAUGAAUAACCUUUUCAAGUACAGUGAUAAGACAGUGGUCUUCAUCUACUUCUUUUCAUUUGGAUUAAGUGCAAUCAUGUUUUCAUUUCUGAUCUCUACAUUCUUCAAACGAGCAAAAACCGCUGUGGCAGUGGGAACACUUUCUUUUCUAGGUGCCUAUUUUCCUUACUAUACUGUUAAUGAUGAAACUGUGUCCAUGAUAGUGAAGACAACUGCUUCAUUGCUUUCACCAACAGCUUUUGCUCUAGGAUCCAUUAACUUUGCAGAUUAUGAGCGUGCUCGUGUUGGACUUCGAUGGAGUAACUUAUGGAGGGCAUCCUCUGGAGUAAAUUUUUUGGUGUGUCUUUUAAUGAUGUUCGUUGAUGCGUUGCUUUAUUGUGUAAUUGGUCUUUACAUGGAUAAGAUUCUUUCAAGGGAAAAUGGGUUUGGUUAUUUAUGGAGCUGCUUUCUCCGCAAGUUCUUCUCAAGGAAGAGGAGUAUUAUCAAAGAUUCUGAUGUGAUCUCUUUAGAAAAUGCUAAUGCUUCUGGAAAAGGCACCUUUGAUCCUAUUGUGGAGGCAAUAAGUUUGGAUAUGAAGCAACAAGAGCUCGAUGGCAGGUGCAUCCAGAUAAGAAAUCUGCAUAAAGUUUAUGAUACAAAGAUGGGGAAAUGCUGUGCUGUUGACUCUUUACAACUCACCCUCUAUGAAAAUCAGAUUCUAGCUCUUUUAGCAUUUCGGCUGCGGUCUAUUCUUGUGACCUACUACUUGGUUAUUUUUGGAGUUUGGUCUUCGUUCUUGGUGCUAAGGAAGGUUUUUCCCUCAUGCGGUUGUGUCCCUGGGUUUAGUUUGUUUUCCCAAGGACAUAAUGGGGCUGGAAAAAGUACGACAAUAUCUAUGCUCGUUGGCCUUCUUCCUCCUACUGCUGGGGAUGCUUUGGUGCUGGGCAAGAAUAUCAUAACAGAUAUGGAAGAAAUACGGAAAGGGUUGGGUGUGUGUCCCCAGAAGGAUAUUCUCUUCCCAGAGCUGACUGUACGAGAACAUUUGGAAAUAUUUGCUACAUUGAAAGGAGUGAAAGAAGACUUUCUGGAGAGGACUGUUGUUGAUAUGGUGAAUGAAGUUGGCCUGGCCGAUAAAAUUAACACUCCUGUGAAGGCUCUUUCUGGUGGCAUGAAAAGGAAACUGUCCCUAGGAAUUGCGUUGAUAGGGAACAGCAAGGUUAUUGUUCUUGAUGAGCCUACUAGUGGAAUGGAUCCAUACUCAAUGCGCUUGACGUGGCAAUUAAUUAAAAAGAUAAAAAAGGGUAGGAUCAUAUUGCUGACAACACACUCAAUGGAUGAAGCUGAUGAACUGGGAGAUCGGAUAGCAAUUAUGGCUAAUGGAUCUCUGAAAUGUUGUGGAAGUUCUCUUUUCUUAAAGCAUCAGUACGGAGUUGGUUAUACUCUUACUUUAGUGAAGUCUGCACCUACUGUCUCUGUUGCUGCAGAUAUCAUCUAUCGUCAUAUUCCAUCAGCAGUAUGCGUGAGUGAGGUUGGAACUGAGAUCUCCUUUAAGCUUCCUAUAACAUCCUCUUCUUCAUUUGAGAGCAUGUUUAGGGAAAUUGAAAAUUACAUGCGAAGAUCGGUUUCUAAUUCUGAAAUGAAUUGUUCUUCCGGUACUAGUGCUGGUGAUGAAAAAGACCAUCUUGGAAUUGAAAGUUACGGUAUAUCUGUUACCACUCUUGAGGAAGUAUUCCUAAGAGUUGCUGGAUGUGAUUUUGACAUUGCACCCAGUGAGCUUAAAGAAAGCUAUGUCCUUGCUAGUUCUGUGGUUUCUGACAUUUCUGUUCAACACAUGCCAAGCAAAUUCUCUCCGUCUCAGCAUUUUGGGAAAUCUGAAAAGUCUGAGUUCUUGGCUGUUGUAGUAAAGAGAGCGUUUGGCUUGAUAUUUUCUACAGUUUUCAGUAUUAUGAACUUUCUGAGUGUACAAUGCUGUGGCUGUGACAUAAUAUGGAGAUCAAAGUUUUGGCAACAUUCUAAAGCAUUAUUUAUUAAGAGGGCCAUAACUGCUCGUAGAGACCGCAGGACACUUGUAUUUCAACUUUUGAUUCCUGCUGUGUUCUUGUUUGUUGGUCUUCUCUUUCUUAAGCUCAAGCCACAUCCAGACCAGCUAUCAGUAACUCUGACAACUUCAGAAUUUAAUCCACAAUUAAUCGGUGGUGGUGGUGGUGGUCCAAUUCCUUUUGAUCUGCACUGGCCUAUUUCCAAGCAGGUUGCACAUUACAUUGAAGGUGGUUGGAUUCAAGAAUAUAAACCUAGUGCUUAUAAGUUCCCUGAUGCUGAAAAAGCAUUGUCCAACGCAAUAGAAGCAGCAGGGGAAACACUGGGGCCAAUUCUAUUAUCCAUGAGCGAAUAUCUAAUGUCUAGCUUCAAUGAAUCCUACCAAUCAAGGUAUGGAGCAAUUGUAAUGGAUGAUCAGAACAGUGACGGCAGUUUAGGAUACACUGUACUGCACAACUGUUCUUGUCAACAUUCUGCUCCGACCUUUAUCAAUUUGGUCAAUGCUGCAGUUCUGAGGCUUGCUACGGGUGACCAGAAUAUGAGCAUUCAAACACGAAAUCAUCCUCUCCCCAUGACAAAAAGCCAGCACUUGCAACGUCAUGAUCUGGAUGCUUUUGCUGUUGCUGUCAUCGUCAAUAUAGCAUUUUGUUUUAUUCCUGCAUCAUUUGCUGUCUCUCUUGUAAAGGAACGUGAAACAAAAGCUAAACACCAGCAAAUGAUCAGUGGGGUUUCAAUACUUUCAUAUUGGACAUCUACAUAUGUAUGGGACAUUAUCAGCUUCUUGGUUCCUACAUGUUUAGCACUUUUACUCUUUUACAUAUUUGGUAUGGAUCAAUUUAUUGGUAAAGGUAGAUUUCUAGCAACGGCUGUCAUGUUUUUGGAGUAUGGAUUGGCCAUUGCAUCAUCAACAUAUUGCCUUACAUUUUUCUUUUUGGACCAUACCGUGGCCCAGAACGUGGUUCUCUCAGUCCACUUUUUCACUGGACUCAUUCUUAUGGUUAUUUCAUUUAUUAUGGGGCUGAUUGAAGCAACGGCAAAAACAAAUUCUCUUUUUAAGAAAUUCUUCAGAAUAUCACCUGGCUUUUGCUUUGCUGAUGGACUUGCCUCAUUGGCUCUUCUUCGGCAGGGGAUGAAAGAUAAAACAAGUGAUGGGGUAUAUGAUUGGAAUGUUACGGGUGCCUCGAUGUGUUAUCUUGCAGUUCAGUGUGUUUCUUACUUCCUCUUAACUCUUGGUUUUGAACUGCUGCCUCUCCAUAAAUUGACUCCAAGUGCAGUCAAGGGACGGUGGAUGAACCGUUGGAGGAAUAGUCUCACAAAUCUUGAAAUGGGAACUUCACCCCCUAGCUUGGAACCCCUUCUUGCUCCUUCUUCAGAGUAUGCUACUCCUGAUUUUGAUGUCGAUGUAGAUGUGAAAGCAGAAAGAAAUAGGGUGCUAUCAGGUUCUACUGACAAUGCCAUUAUUUGCUUGAGUAAUCUUCGAAAGGUAUAUCCUGGAGAAAAUUAUCUCCACAAGAAAGUUGCAGUGGAUUCUUUAACUUUCUCAGUUCAAGAGGGAGAAUGCUUUGGGUUUUUAGGAACAAAUGGUGCUGGGAAGACAACAACCCUAUCAAUGCUUACUGGUGAAGAAUCUCCCAGUGAGGGAACUGCUUUCAUUUUUGGAAAAGAUAUAAGAUUCGAUCCCAAGGCUGCGCGUUGUCAUAUUGGAUAUUGCCCUCAGUUCGAUGCUCUACUUGAAUUCCUUACUGCCAAGGAACAUCUAGAACUUUAUGCAAGAAUAAAAGGUGUUCCUGAGUUCAAGAUAAAUGAUGUCGUUAUGGAGAAACUGGUGGACUUUGACUUGCUGAAGCAUGCUAAUAAACCUUCAUAUUCACUCAGUGGAGGAAACAAACGUAAACUCUCGGUUGCAAUUGCAAUGAUUGGCGAACCUCCUGUCGUUAUUCUUGAUGAGCCAUCCACAGGGAUGGAUCCUAUUGCCAAACGAUUCAUGUGGGAUGUUAUAUCCCGGAUAUCUACCAGACAAGGAAAGACAGCACUUAUUCUCACCACACACAGCAUGAAUGAGGCUCAAGCACUUUGCACUCGUAUUGGGAUAAUGGUCGGGGGACAACUACAGUGCAUAGGAAGUCCCCAGCAUUUGAAAACACGAUUUGGAAAUCAUCUUGAGCUUGAGGUCAAACCUUAUGAAAUCCUCUCAGAGGACUUGUAUAAGCUUUGCCAAAACAUUCGUGAACGGUUUUUUGAUUUUCCUUCACACCCAAGAAGCUUAUUGAAUGACCUUGAAGUUUGUAUUGGAGCUAUUGAGAUCACAGCAGAAAAUCAAUCAGUGACAGAGGUUAGUUUGUCGAGGCAAAUGUUAACCAUAAUUGGACGUUGGCUUGGUAAUGAAGAAAGAAUAAAAACACUUGUAUCCUCACCGUCUACUGCUCCUGGAGUUUUUGGUGAACAAUUGACAGAGCAAUUGUUCAGAGAUGGCAGUAUACCAUUGCCUAUAUUUUGUGAGUGGUGGUUAGCCACAGAGAAGUUCUCAGAGAUUAAUUCAUUUAUUCUCUCUUCAUUUGCUGGUGCAACAUUCCAAGGAUGCAAUGGGUUAAGUAUGAAAUAUCAGUUGCCUUGUGGGGAGGACGGCCUCUCGCUUGCAGAUGCUUUUGGACACCUUGAGAGAAACAGAAAACAGCUCGGAAUUGCCGAAUACAGUCUCGGCCAAUCAACAUUAGAAACAAUAUUUAAUCAUUUUGCCUCAAAUCCUUAAUUAGAAGUGAAUAUAUCUGCUCUCAUUCAAGUCCAUGAGACUUCUUGAGAAAUUUUUGUAUGUCACAACUUUAGUAAAUAUAACAUUGUAAUAUGAUAUGAGAUGCUUUGAUGUUGCAUGAGAAUUACUCAUUUUGAUGUAAAAAUGUAUGGUAUGGGGUUUUAUUGCUUAUAAGACCAUGAGCAACAAAGGGAGGACACUGUUUGCUCAGAAAUUUGCA